AUGGUCACGUCAUUCUACAAGAACAUCAUCAAUGACGUGAAGAGGGGGGUCCGACAGGGUGAUACAACUUCACCCGAAAUAUUCACAGCCACCCUCGAGAACGUAAUGCGAAAGUUGGAAUGGGACGACAUGGGAGUGAAGGUUGAUGGUCGGCAGCUACACCAUUUGCGCUUUAAUGAUGACAUCGUACUGAUAACACCUAGCAUCAGCCAAGCGGAACGAAUGCUGACCGAAUUCGACGAAACAUGUGGAUGCAUCGGUCUUCAGCUGAAUCUACAAAAGACGAUGUUCAUGCGGAACGGAUGGGUCUCGGAUGCCCCAUUCACGCUCAACGGAACGAACAUAUCCGAAUGCACCAGCUACGUUUAUCUGGGUCGGGAACUGAACAUGAUGAACGACCUGACCCCGAGCUGGGCAGGAGGAGACGAGCGGCUUGGGGAGCGUACAAGAGCAUCGAGGAUGUAG